AUGAAUUACGAUCCAAUACAUGACAGUUUUAUGUCAUCAACAACACCACCAUCCAAUAAUGGUAAUCAUAACAAUGGUAUGGUAGAUCCAGCCAUCACUAAUGCCAAUAUUACAGAAAUGGAACCACCAAAAAUUUCAUCAGCUAUUCAACCACCUAAUUCAAUGGCUCAUUUAAUGAGUGAUGAUAUUGAAGAUGACCUGAUGAAUGUUAGUCAUAUGGAUGAGGAUAAUGAUAGUGAUAAUGAUAAUGACGAAGAUAAUGAUAAUGAUAAUGAUAACGAAAGCAGUAAGAAAUCCAAGACUAAAAGACCUGUAAGUGCUUCAAUACCAAAGGGAGUUAGGUAUUUGAAGAAGACCGACGGUGAACCUUUUUGGAGGAAAGACAUUCAAUAUGAUUUUUUAGAGGCAUUAUUUGAAAAUGAGCAAAGAGUUUUCACCAACCUGUUUGCUUAUUGUACAGUGCCGGGAUUUUAUGGUGGUGCAAAAUAUACUUUUGCUGAACUUUAUGUUCGUACAUUAGCUGAAUCAUCAAAAUGUUCAAAGAUUUUAAAGGAGAGAUUAUUGAAGGAUUUUGAUAUGGGUAAAUCAGUUGCUAAAGUUUGUUUAUUGGUUAAUACAGGUAGAAUGAAUACUACUAUCAAUUUUGUUCCUGAAAUGAGAUCAACUUUAAGAACUUAUCAUUCAAUUCCUUCAUUACAAGCAGAUCCUUCUUCAGGCUCAACCAAACCUUUACAAGAUACUCCAAGAUUGAAAUCAAUUUUGAAAGCUGUUAGUGAUACCAAUGAAGAUUUCAAGACUGUGGAAGAUUUAUUGAAUAGUCCACCUCAAGCAAAACCCAAUACUAAUCUCGUUUUAUUAUUAUUCUUAUUGAGUAACAAUGUCAAUGGUAUUAAAUAUCAUCAUUUACAUGAUGAAACAUGUCAUCAUGUUUCUAAUAGCUUCAUGGAAUUUUUCUUGGAAACUAAAAUUCAUCCUAAGAAUAGAGCACAAAGAUUCUUAUGGUUGAUGUAUACAUACUUAGAAACUAAUUUUAAAGAUGAAGAAUUGGCUCAAAAUCCUUUUGGAGGUCCUACAAUGCCAGAUAUUGAAUUGGUUCCUGAUAAUGAAUUGAAUAAUUUCGAUAAGGAUACUGAUUAUGAAAUUGAGUAUAGUGAAAGAAUGUUUAGAACCAGAUUGAAAUAUUUAGCCGAUGAAGAACAUAACAGUAACCCUAAAAGGGGCAACAAGCCACGUAAAGAAGAUCUUGAAGAUGAUAUAAAUAUAGAUUCUAAAAUUUUAAAGUCAGAGGAUGAUAAAAGACCUUUAGAAGAUGCUAAAGAUAAAAAACGAAAGAAAAUCAAAUUACCUCCACAAUUACCUGAUAUGGAUGAAGAUGAAGAACAUGAUUACGAUUUUGACCAUGUUAAAUUUCCUUUGACAGGUAUCAAAAAGAUCAAGACUUUAAAUAAAUUCAUACCAUCCAAAGCUCCUGAUUAUUCCAUUUCCAAGGAAUUCAAGAACAAUUUGAACAACAAGACAAAAGGGUUAGUAGACACAGAUAAAGUAAACCCCAAGAAGAUUUCAUUAUUGAAAGAUUGGAUAAUGAAAUUCUUCCAAUAUAAGAAACAAAGUGGGUUACUUUCAAUGGAAUGGGAAGAAAUACGAUACGAUUUAGUUUAUGGUAUUGAAGACUAUUUAAACGAAUUCAAGGGUGAAGAAUUAUUGAAAUAUGGAGGAAAACUUCCUUCAGAUUAUCAGUUCAAACCUGAUUAUGAACCAAGUUAUGAUUUUGAAUUGAUGAAUGAAAAGACAGAUUAUUUACUUAAUUUGUUAAAUAUAUCAAAGGAUUGGAUCAUUUCCAAAUAUAAUCAAGAAUUCGAAAUACCUACCAUAUCAUUUGAUUUUGAAAAUGAAAAGUUAAUCAUAGAAUAA